AUGGAACGCCCGUUCCCGGAGUGCCAGCUAGGAAUAGGUGAUUGGGAGAGCCUGCCACCAGAGCUCGUGGCGCAGAUCUACACCCACCUGCCUCUGAGGGAGCGCAAACUUGGUCGGAAGAUAUGCAAGGGGUGGAAAAGGGGCUUGGAUACGAUGGUGAGCAAGUUGCGCGUGGGGCCGCACAACCGAGAACCGAAUGUGUGGAAUCGUCAGCUGCUCAUGAUGAAGCGGCUGCAGCAUCUCUUCCCCUGCCUACAGGAGAUCGACUUUGACCAGGGCGUGGGUAGCGACCUGUUGGUGCGCGAUCCGGGCCUGCCGCACAACCUUAACAUAAUUCCGCGAGUGUCGCGCAUUGGGGUGACAUCAUCGCGCACCGCGCUGCAUCUGGCGGCUGUGCAUGCGCUGGCCGCGCGGCCCGAGGUGGCCUCUUUUUCGCUGAGUUUGCCGUCGCCCAUCACCAAUGCGGACCUGUGCGAACUGCUCUCCGUGCUCGGGCCCAAGCUCACCUCGCUUGAGGUGCAGCAGGCGCACGAGCUGAGCAGCGCGGCGUUGAAGGGCCUGGCGGCCAGCAGCCGGCUGGGGGCGCUGAGCCUGGAGGGCAUACCGCGGAUGGGGAAGGAGGGCUGGCGCGCGCUCUCCUCCCUCACCGCACUCACGCGCCUGGCUAUCAGCACGCUGACGCGGCUGCAGGACCUGCGGCUGAAGGUGCGCGAGAUUGACGCUGAUGGCGUUGCAGCGCUGCAGACGCUCAGAGACCUGCGCUCCCUGGACCUUGAGGUGUGGGUGUCGCCAGUGCGGCCGCGGGUGAUUGAGGCGCUGCUCAGCUUCACCCGGCUGGAGGCGGUGCGGCUGGAGGCAUAUUCCUCUUUAGAGACGGCGCGCUGUUUUUGUGCGCUGCGGCACCUGCCGCGGCUGGCGCACCUCGACCUGCGCCUGUCCGGCUCCUCAUUUGCCCUCGAUGACAACCUCGAGGCUCUGGCAUCCCUCUCCGCCUGCUCGAAGCUGGCGUCCCUGUCACUGGCGGCGCCUGCUCCGGCGCUGUCGGCACUGUCGGCGUGCAGCGGCAUCCAGAAGCUGCGACUCAGCGACGCAUCGAUGCUCAGCAACCGCAUCACAGGCACGGAGCUGCCGCGGCUGCCGGAAUUGCGCCACUUGAACCUGCUGCACUGUAGCGCGCUGACAGACGCCGGCCUGGCAGCUGUGGCGGCACAGUAUCCAGUGCUGACAGGCCUACAGCUCAAGUCGGGCUCUCUUUCCGACGCCGGCUUGACUGCAAUCGCUACUCUGACGUCCCUGGAGCGACUGGACCUGGUAGACUGUGAGGCCCUCAAGGGUGAGGGCCUGCGAGCCAUCCUGGCCUCUCUGCCAUACCUCCAGGCAGUCACAAUCACAGGGAAUGAUACCGCCCUGGAGGAGGCGCGGAUAAUUACCCGGACGACCUCGCCCCACGUGGAGGUGGCUAAGGGUAGAUACCCCUUUGAGUUGGAGAGUUCGUUGAGACCGCUGCAGGACCGAAUCUACUCCUGA